AUGGCAUCACUCUUCUUUCCUCUCUUGCUCUUCGCUGCUGCGGUGCUUGGGCACAUUCCGCGGCCAGCGGCACAUUGUCCUGGCUACCGCGCGACCAAUAUUCAUCAAAACCCGUCUUACGCGACCGCCGACCUCGUUCUUAUAGACAAUUGUAGCUUGUACAGCAAAGACAUCCAAAGCUUACGGUUGCUUGUCGAGUACGAGACUGAAACUCGACUUCAUGUCCUAAUUGAGGACGCAGGCAAGGAGGUGUAUCAGGUCCAGGAGCAUGUUCUAGCUCGACCGAAGACCCAAAACGCAACUGCAAAUGAAGCUGCCCUCAAGUUCAGCUUUACCGAGGAUCCGUUCACUUUCACUAUCACAAGAGCUUCCAACGGGGAAGUCCUAUUCGACACAUCCGAUUCACCGCUGAAUUUCGAGUCUCAGUACGUUCGUGUUCGGACCCGCCUCCCGCUGAACCCCAAUCUUUACGGUCUAGGCGAACACUCGGAUGACUUCCGGCUGCCUACCAGCAACUACACGCGCACGUUAUGGAAUGCCGAAUUCCCCUUUAUCCCCAGCCGAACCAACCUAUACGGGAGCCACCCCGUGUACUUUGACCACCGGGGUGACUCGGGCACGCAUGGCGUAUUCCUCCUCAACUCCAACGGAAUGGACAUCAUCAUUGACAAGACCGAGCUAGGGCAACAGUACUUGGAAUACAACAUUAUUGGAGGCGUGCUGGACUUUUAUUUCGUGGCCGGGCCUGAACCGGCAGAAGUAAGCAAGCAGUACGCCGAAAUCGUCGGCUUGCCCGCCAUGAUACCGUACUGGACACUUGGCUUUCAUCAGUGCAAGUAUGGCUGGCCGACUAUUGACCAUGUGGCUGAAGUCGUAGCCAACUACUCAGCCGCCGGCAUCCCUCUCGAGACAGUGUGGGGAGAUAUCGAUUACAUGCGUGACAAGCUGGACUUUACUACUGAUCCCUCACGCUACCCCCUGGCCAAGGUACGCACCCUAGUCGAUCAACUGCACCAAAGCAACCAGCAUUACAUCCAGAUUCUCGACCCGGGCAUUCGGCGACACGACGACUAUGGCCCCUACACACGCGGGGCGGAGAAGGGAGCGUUCCUCCGCGCCACCGAUGGCUCAUAUUAUCGUGGUAUACAAUGGCCCGGCGAGGUGGUCUGGCCGGACUGGUUUGCCCCUGGCACGCAGGACUGGUGGACCUCGGAGAUCCUCUCCUUCUACAGCCCCUCCACCGGCAUCGACGUGGACGGACUCUGGGUCGACAUGAACGAAGCCUCCAACAUGUGUCCCGACAUGACCUGUCUGACCUCAACCACCUCGACCACCACAAACCCCCGCCAACAACAACCCCCUCCCCAACCGCACCGCCGCCAACCCCCCUCCCAAGGAGGAGGCCAAGGCCCCAAACUCGGCCUCCCCAACCGCGACCUCCUCUCCCCCGGCUACCACAUCGCCUCCCGCCACGGCGGCACCCUCUCCGCCUUCACCCUCUCCACCAACCUCACCAACGCCGACGGCAGCCACCAAUACGACACGCACAACCUCUACGGCAGCAUGAUGGCGCGCGCCACCCACCGCGCCCUCAUCACCCGCUCCCCCACAAAACGCCCCUUCGUCCUCACCCGCUCCACCUUCGCGGGAACCGGCUCCCACGCCGCGCACUGGUUCGGCGACAACGCGUCGACGUGGGCGCACUACCGCGCCGCGAUCCGCCAGCUGCUGGCGGCCGCCGCCGUGCACGCUUUGCCGAUGGUCGGGUCGGAUGUGUGCGGGUUUAAUGGGGAUGCGGAGGAGCGCAUGUGUGCGCGCUGGGCGGUCAUGGCGGCGUGGCAGCCGUUUUACCGCAAUCAUGCGGAUGCGUCGGCGCCGGACCAGGAGUUUUAUCGCUGGCCUUUGGUGGCGGAGGCCGCGCGGAAGGCGGUGGGGGUGCGGUAUAGGUUGUUGGAUUAUUUGUAUACGGCGAUGUGGAGGGCGAGUCGGGAGGGGAGGGCGGUGGUGAGUCCGUUGUGGUUUUUUUAUCCGGGGGAUGCGGCGACCUGGGGGGUGCAGACGCAGUGGUUUUUGGGGGAGGCGUUGUUGGUGAGUCCGGUGGUGGAUGAUGACUCGCAGACGGUGAGGUUUUAUUUGCCGAGGGAUGUGUGGUAUGAUUUCUGGACGGGGGAGAAGGUGGUGAGCGUGGGGGGGAUGGUGACGCGCGAGGGGGUGGAGUGGGCGGAUAUCCCUGUGCAUAUCAGGGGUGGCAGUAUCGUGCCCAUGAGGGUAAGGUCGGCCAACACUACGGCGGAGCUGCGGAAGGAGAAUUUUGUCAUCACGGUGGCGCCGGGAGCGGAUGGGACUGCUCGGGGCGAGCUGUACCUCGACGAUGGGGAGAGCCUGGAUGUCGGAGAUAAUAAGUCGGUCCUUACACUGACUUGGAAUGGGCGGGCAGUCGAGGCGAGCGGUAUGUUUGGCUACGCCACUGACCUGGUCAUCGAAAGGGUGGUGGUGCUCGGAGACGGAGGACCGAGGACUCAGGAGGGCCCCUGGCGGCUACACAAGGCCUUCAUUCUCCGUUUUUAG